GUGUGUGUGUGAGUGGCUGGACGAUGGAGGUGAAGUGUGUGUGUAUGCUGCUGUUAUUGCUGUGUGUUGAGGCUCGGGGGGACGAGGCGCCCCCUACUGGAUUAGAGGAGAUCCGCAACGAACUGCAGCAGCUCAACACCACAGCAACAGAACAGGCUGUAGAGAUAAACACACUGAAGGAAAGACUGGAGGCUGCAGAACAGCAACUCAAAACUCAGAGAGAUACCCCUAAAGUGGCAUUUGCAGCAUCUCUGGGCAGCAAUGGAAUCAUCUCCACCAAAAACACCUUCAAAAAACUCAUCUAUAAAGACGUGCUGACGAACGUCGGACACGCCUACAACCCCGAGACAGGUGUGUUUAAAGCUCCGGUGAAGGGUGUGUAUUAUAUCCGCUUCACGGCUACAGCGCCCACAAGUGGUCUGAUGAGUGCGGUGCUGUAUAAGAACCAGACAGUGCAGCUGACUGUUCACGAGCCCCCGGUUGGACCGGGCAGCGACACCGCCGCCAACGGCGCUGCCCUGCUGUUAGAACAGGGGGAGGAGCUCUACAUGCAGCUGAGGCCAAACUCACACCUGUGGGACAACGCCAGCCACCACAGCACCUUCAGCGGCUUCCUGCUCUAUGCCAUGUGACCACGCCCACAUCUGCACUGCACCCUGGGAGAUCCAUUUCAGCAUACAGCAGCGUCUCUGAAUAGUUAUUAAAGGAUUUCUUGUUCUGACACAUCUGUUCACCUCUAAUCAGAUCAUUAAUUACCUGCUAAUUAAAUAACAUCAUUAAUGACUGUAGCUUUUCUCAGUUACACCAGUGUUACACAUUCAAAGUUCUGCUUCCACCACCAGGUGGCACUGCAGCAUUAAAAUGAAUAAACAGCUGAAUGCAGUAUUCUCUAUGAA